AUUAUUAUUAACAGACAUAAAGUGACUAUAAAUCUCUGUAAACACACCAGUUAACAGGACAUCAGGGACAAAAUGGUGGAUAAAAACUCACCUUGUUGAGUUUUGGCUUCUUUUAAUGCUGAUGUUCCCGCCUGGGCUGUUUCCGUGGCAACAGGUGUCCAGCAGCUGCCUCCAGCGUCACUCGGCCUCGCGCUGUGACUGCUGAGACCGGGGGGCUCGGCUCGAGGGCAUUCAGAGCCGAGCCACGGCCGUCCAAUCAGAGUCUGAGGAGUCCUGACGUCAUGGCCGAACGCUGCCGAGAGGGCGUGAGUGUUUUUGGCGCCAAGCCAGAACAGGAAGGAGGAAGAUAGAGUCUCUCUCUCUGUUCCUCUACCUCUCUCUCCCCUUCAUCUUCUUCUUCUCUCUACAUUCAUCAGCUUCUUUUUCUUUUUUAAUUAAAACUAACUAUAGGAACAGAGAUGGCAGUAACCUAGCAGCAGUGACUCCAGUGAGGAAGAUGAAGAUGUUGGCCGUGUUUGUGAUCCUCGUACAUGUUUCCCAGCAUGCCUCAGCUGUGGAGCUGUAUGAGGGGGAGGAGUUUGUCCUGCUGCCCUGUGAGUUUAACACUGCUGAUGUCACUGGCCCUUCAGUGGUGUGGAGCCGCUGUGAUCUCGAGCCUCCAACCAUCCACCUGCGUCAUCAGGGAGGUGAUGAACUUGGAGAACAAAACCAGCUUUACAGCGGCCGAACAUCCAUGAUGGCCGACGCUCUGAGAACUGGAGACCUCAGCCUCAAACUGUCGAAACUCCGCCUCUCUGACAGCGGCACCUACACCUGCAUUGUGAGAAAAAGGUCAGGAGGAGAAAAGAGGGUGACAAACGUGCUGCUGCAGGUCAAAGAACGGUUUCCAUCCUGGGCCACAGCUCUCCUGGUUCUCCUGGCUGUUGGUCUUCUUGUUUUUGGGGGUCUUUUAGUGCAUUUUCGGCACUAUUUCAUGUCAGUCUACCAGGUGGAGGUGGAUUCAGGGGCGGAGUCUGUCCAGCUGCCCUGCAAAACCAUAAUUCACCUGCCAAAGGACAUCACAGCCGAGUGGACUAACAGUCACAAUGCAAAGGUCCAUGUGUAUCAGAAUGGCUCCCUGCCUGGAGAGCAACAUCGUAUUUACAGAGGCCGAACAGAGAUGAAGAGAAAUCCGCUGAAAACUAAAGACUUCAGUCUGACUCUGAAAUACCCCACAGACAUGGACAGACACUUUUUCACCUGCACCGUCUACAGCAGGGAGGGAAACAUCCUGAUGAAGAAACAAGUGGUGCUCAAGGUCAAAGUCUGUCAGGUGGAGGUGGAGGAGGGGGAGGAGUCUGUCCUGCUGCCCUUCAAAACUACACCUGACCUGCCUGAUGAUACUGAAGUGAAGUGGAAACUUUAUGAUCCCAAACCCACAAUGACAGUCCACGUGUAUCCACACGGUUCUGACCGGCCUGAAGAACAGAACCAGGUUUACAGAGAUCGGACAGAGAUGAAGAAAGACCUGCUGAAGACUGGAGACUUUAGUCUGACCCUGAAAAACCCCAAACACACAGACACAGGGACAUACAGGUGCAUCGUCUACAACCAGGAUGGAAACACUGUGAGAAUGAAAACAGUGCAGCUUGAAGUCAAAGGGAGAUCAAAGAUGAAACAAUCAACAUCAGGACCAGAAGCAGCUCAACUGAUGGAGGAUCAAUCUGUUUGACUGGUCUAUCAGUCACUUUUUGACUAUUUAUCUGAUCUGACUUUGGAUCAUAGAGACAAUGGAGGUGAAGCAGCUGAUGGAUGAUGGAUGACAACAUGAUGCUGUAUCAGCUUCUAUACAAUCACUGUUGGUUACUAUUGAUAUCUGUGUGUGAUGUCACAUGUUGAUCAGCUCUGUGAUUUGGACUGAUUUUUGACUUUCAGGUUCCAUGAAGGCCACUUGUAGUUCUGAUCCUGUGAGCUCGGACAGAGGUCUCACUCUGGAGGAGACACUUGACACUAAUGUUUAAUUGUGACACUCACUAUAUUCCAGUUUUUAUCAGUUGCUUCAACAUGUUUUCUAAAGCACUCACACAGUUUUCCACCUUAAUCGACCUUGUUCAACCAUUUUUGUCAUUGCAAAUCCCUGUUACUCACUCUGAACAUAAAACUUAUCUGGAUUUAGUUUUGUAAGGAACUGGUUUACAUAGAAACAUUAGCUGUCCAUCUUAUUAAAAUCACCUGUCUGUUGAGGCACAAUUAUUCAGAUAUAUUAACAGAAGUCUAUUGCUGCAGUAAGUCAUUAUCAUCACUUCCAAUGUAAGUCAGGUGGAGGCUCUGUAGUGUUUGCUGUGAGUCUAGAGGUCCCUCUACAGACGAGCUAACAACACUACACACUGAACAAAAGAGGCCGAGUUCCAGGGAAGACAUGUUUUAAUACCAAGCACAUUUCCUCAACAGUCACAUCUAUCACAGUGUAAAACCUGCUCAGCCUGUUGCUUUACAUUCCAACAGCUGCUUCAGUGGAAACAGGUUAAAGUAAAACUAAAGUUUUCUCUCAGUCAGUUUAUCAGGAGGAGGAAAGUGUUGACUGCUGGAAACUGAAUGUGUUUUUGCAGUUUUUAGUGUGAAACAGAGUUGAAGAGGCCUUUGUGGUUCUAUUUUUUUUGUACUGGAGGAUGAAGAUGUUUGUGGUGUUUGUGAUCCUCGUGCACGGUAAGAUAAACUUCCUCCCUCUGAUCUGAUCAGCACCUUUUGUUUCUCCCCACUGAGUAAAAUUCACUCAGGUUCUUUCUUAUUUGUAUGAAGUGUCUCCACAUCAGUCCUGUGUUUUCUCUGAGUGUUAGCUGCUUCCAUUGAAGUAGUAAUGGAGAGAUGGAAGUAAAAGAAGUGAGGAAUUACUUUUAAUUUUAAGACCAUGUUGAAUCAGAAAACAAAGUGGACUAAAUAAUGAGAGAAACACAGCAGGCAGCUGUUUAUGAUUUGAGAGAGUGUUUCGUUUUGAGCACAGGUGAAUCUGUUUUGAGGCAAAAAUGUAACUUUGCACAAGGGGUCAGAGGUUUUGUAACUAGUGCUUGAAGCUGAGGUUUUGUGUUUGAUGUUUUCAGAAAAUGGAGCAAGGUUUUAGAAGUUUUGUUUUAGCAGUUGAGAAAAACUGUAACCUCUCUACCUGUGUGACCUCACAGUUUCCCAGCAUGCCUCAGCUGUGGAGCUGUAUGAGGGGGAGGAGUUUGUCCUGCUGCCCUGUGAGUUUCACACUUUUGAACUGGACGGUCCCUCAGUGGUGUGGAGUCGCUUCGACCUCAAUCCUUCAACCGUCCACAAGUGUC